AUGCCGAAAAGUAAGCCAUCGAUGAAGAACGUAUUAAACAAAUAUGUCGAUGAGUUUGGGGAAAACAUAUUUUCGAGUGACGGUUCAGUUUUAUUUUGCAAGUUAUGUGAAACUCGAGUAUCUGCUGAAAGAAGAUACAUAGUUACACAACACUUAAAAACCGAUAAACACACCCGUUCCGUAAAUCGUCAUCAAAACGCAACAACCUCAAAAAUACAGCAACAAGUAACGUUAUACUCAAAAAAAUGUACAUUUUCGAAAGAUCUUUGCAAGGCAUUGUUAUCUGCAAAUAUUCCUUUAAAUAAAGUUAACAACAAGGAUUUCUGUUUGUUUAUGGAAAAAUAUACCAACAAAGAAAUUCCCGAUGAAAGCACUUUGCGUAAAAAUUACGUGAAUGAUAUUUAUGUAGAAACUAUGAACAAAAUCAGAUCUAAUAUUGUCGGACACAAAAUAUGGGUUUCAGUGGAUGAAACAACCGACGUUCAAGGUAGAUACAUAGCCAACGUCAUUAUAGGUACAUUGGAAGUCAACAAACCUGGUCAAGUUUAUCUUUUAAACUCAGAAAUGCUCGAGAAGACAAAUUAUUCGACAAUCACAAAAGUCUUUGAUCAAUCCAUGUUUCUUCUUUGGCCUGAUGGUAUACGCCAUGAUGAUGUAUUGUUAUUCCUUAGUGAUGCGGCACCGUACAUGGUCAAAGCAGGAAAAACAAUUGGCGCGCUUUAUUCUAAAAUGGUCCAUGUUACAUGCCUAGCACAUGGUGUACAUAGAGUUGCUGAAGAAAUAAGAGGACGAUUUACCAAAGUUGACAAAUUAAUUUCUAAGGUAAAACAAAUAUUUUUGAAAUGCCCGGCUCGUGUAUUUUUUUUUAAAAAUAGAGCCCCGAAUGUACCAUUACCUCCUGAGCCUAUUAUUACUCGUUGGGGUACAUGGCUAAGAGCUGCCUCUUAUUACUGUACCUAUUUUCAAGAAAUAAAAAAUAUCGUACUAGAGCUCAAUCAAAACGAUGCUAUUUCAAUUAAAGAAGCUCAAAAAAUAUUGAAUAAUCCGUCGUUGGAAACGGAUUUAGUAUAUAUUCAUACAAACUUUGGAUAUUUACCUGACACAAUAGAAAAAUUGGAAAAUCAAGGACUUCCAUUAGCAACAAGCAUUGAAAUAGUCAGAAAUGUUAGUGAAAAAUUAAAUUCAGUAUCAGGAAACACCGGCAUGUUAAUUAAUGAAAAGUUUAAAAACGUCCUGGCGAAAAAUAAAGGUUUUGAAUUUAUUCAACAAAUAUCUAAUAUAUUGAUCGAUGAAACAACUGUAAUAGAAGGAUUACCAGAAGAAUUAUCUAUUCAAGACUUCAUUUAUUUUAAAUAUGCACCAAUAACCUCGGUCGACGUCGAGCGCAGUUUUUCAAUCUACAAGAAUUUGUUGUCUUCUAAUCGAAGGUCUUUCGAAUUUGAGAACCUGAAGAAGUCGUUUAUAGUACAGUGCAAUAAUUUUUAAGGUCUCUGAAAAAAUAAGAAGACCGGACAAUUUACCAGAUUUUUAAUGACAACUG